GAUUGUGAUCAGUUGUGGUCCUCGUGGUCUUGAUCGUCAUGGUACCAUGGCCAAACACGAAAGGGUCAGAGCGGUCAGAGACAGGGGCGACGACGUCGUGACAAUGUGUUAAUCCCGUAAUCUUCACAUAAUGUGUAAAAUAUUAUUGGUUGGUACUGGAUUUACGAGUGCAAUUACAACAUCGCUUCUUCGUAAAAUGUGCCAGAAACAUAUUUAUCUAGUCAUCUGGGACAAAGCAAGAGGUGCUGGGGGCCGAAUGAGUACAAUCAGGAAUCCCUCUGAUUCUAGCUGUACUGCAGAUCUUGGUGCCCAGUACAUCACAUCAUCACAAGAGAAUUACAGGGACCACCGUGAAAUCUAUGAAUCACUAAUACAGGGAAAACAACUGGAACCAUUAUGUAGUAAGAUAGAAGGAAUGAAGGACUUGCCACUAGGAACACAGCAGUUUGUAGCCCCACAUGGAAUGAAUUCUUUGGUGAAACAUUUUCUUCAAGAUGCAGAUGAAAUACAUUUUGGACAUUAUGUAGUUUCUAUUUAUAAAUGUGGGAAACAGUGGGUUGUUGAAUCAAAGUCUGGAGUGAAAGGUAUGUUUGAUAUAGUUAUCUUAACAAUGCCUGUACCUCAAGUGCUUGAUCUUCAGGGUUCCAUCCAGGAAAUAAUGAGUAAGGACCAGGAAAUGAAACGUAACCUGCAAUCUGUGAAAUUCAGCUCAAGAUAUGCAUUAUGUUUAUUUUUUGAUUCAAAUUAUAAAUUUAACACAGGCUGGGACUCCAAGUAUAUAUAUGAUGAUAAGAUAUUUCGUUAUGUUUCAUUUGAAAAUAGAAAAAGAAACAUGCCAGCUUCACCUCUUGCAGCUGUAUUUCACACAUCCAUACAAUAUGGUGCAAAUAAUGCUGACAGAGAAUUGAAUGAUGUUCAGAAUGAACUAGUUGAUCAUGUGAAGGAAAUGUUUCCAGACUGGCCUGAACCAGAAUAUACUAAGUGUCAUUGGUGGCAAUACUCACAGGUUAUGACUCCAUAUAUGGGGCAACCUGGGUGUCUCACUAUAGCAGAACACCCAUUACUUGUUGCUGGAGGUGACAGUUUUAUGUCAUCACAUAUUGAUGGCUGCAUAUCAUCUGCUUUUACACUCACUAACAAAGUGAGUCAAGCAAUCAAAGCAUAUAAAGUAUGAUAGUGAGAGGCAGAACAGAGAUCAAUAUCUCCUCGGACAUAAUAUAUGUGCAAUUUUUUUUUCAAAACACAGGCUUAUCAGAUUUUGAUUCCAAAAUACAGGUUAUACAAUUGUAUUAAAGGUGGGAAGCAUUCUCUAGUAACAGAACUCUGAGACUUAAUGCCACUAAAAUUUAAUAUUGCCAUUGACAUGGUUUGAAGUUUUUUUUAAUUGCUAGUGGGGUGGGACUAAGUCCCUUGUA